GUUCCCCUGGGCCUUAACAAAAACCUGAAAAACGAUUCUGGGUAAAACUGGAUGGAGCUGAUCACAACCCACGCCGAACAGAAUGCUCCCUACUUUCUUCCCCAUUUGCUUUGCACUGCAUCAUCAUCCAGCCAACUCCAAGGCCAUGAACAGUGGUUCGCAAGAAAUGAGAACUCGAAGGCAGCAUCCUGUUACUCAGAAUUCCCCAUCACUGGCAAUCUCCUGUACAACAAAAUUGCCUCAAGAUGUACAAAUUUCGCCAAUUACUGGGGAUGACGAGCGUGGAGACUUCAACUCCAAUAAUGACUCAUCUGCAUCUGGACUUCUCAAAACUUUACAUAUAUCAACAAGACUAAUGGAUGAUUUUCUCGCACUUUCAAAGAGUAACACGGAGAAAGAUCUUGAGACCUGUGGGAUUCUUGGAGCCCAUUUAGAGGAAGAAACCUUCUAUGUGACUACGCUUGUCAUACCAAAACAGGAAUCGACUUCCAAUUCUUGCCAAGCUAUAAACGAGGAAGAAGUCUACGCAAUUCAUAGCGAACGAUCCCUUUGUCCAGUUGGAUGGAUUCAUACGCAUCCUUCACAGAGUUGUUUCAUGUCUUCAAUAGAUCUGCACACUCACUAUCCAUAUCAGGUAAUGGUGCCUGAGGCUUUCGCCAUUGUCGUUGCUCCAACAGAUGCAUCAAGGAGCUUUGGAAUAUUUCGACUAAGUGAUCCUGGUGGGAUGAAGAUCCUGAGAGAGUGUCAAGAGGAUGGUUUUCACACUCACAAAGAUCCAGAAGAUGGCAGCCCCAUUUACGAGCUCUGCUCUAAUGUCUACCAAAAUUCCAACUUGAGAUUUGAAAUCAUUGACUUGCGAUCAUGAUGCAAUGCUCCAAAGCGGUUUCGGGUUCAGUUCAUAAUACGAUAGAAUCGCACUCUGUUUUUAUGUCCAAGUUUGGAAUGACAGUGAAUUGAGAAUUUAAGCAUCCAAUGGCUCGCAUUAUUAAAUGUUGAGAAUUGUAGCAGUAUUUUGGAACCCAAGGCCUAGGGAUUAUGGAGACUUGUUUGAUAGAUAUAUAUAUACAAAAAAGUGUUGAAGUUACAGUUGGUAGUUACAAAAUUCAAGAUGAAUUAAUUC